UGCGAAUCCAGCAGACAUCAUUCACUCCUCACAAGUCAAGAAGAAGAGUCACUGCUCAUUCAACUCCGCCAUAGACAACAUGAAGGGACUUUUGAUCGUCUGCUGUCUGACAGCUGUUGCCUUUGCACAGGAUACAAAUGCAGGAAAUAAGCGAUUCUUUGGAGGAUUAAACCAAGGCUUUGGUGGAGGUUUCGGUGGUGCUGAUCCAGGAUUUGGAGGUGGUUUUGGAGGUGGAAUUAACCCAGGUUUUGGAGGAGGAUUCGGAGGAGUUUCCAACACCUGCAGACGUUGGUGCCGAACUCCCGAGGGACAGGCAUACUGCUGCGAGAGCAACAAUGAGCCAAACACCAUUCCCUUCGUAAAGCCAGGUGUAUGCCCUCCCGUUCGCCCUCAGUGCCCACCCGUCAGGACCUUUGCCCCUCCACAGACAUGCUCCAACGACAGCAAGUGCGGAGGCGUCGACAAGUGCUGCUACGACAGGUGUCUUGAGGAGCACGUGUGCAAACCCCCAGUUGGGUCUUCCGGCUUCGGUGGAUUCGGCUUUGGAAGAUAAUUCCUGACCGUCCCUGAGUUACUAUCAUUGUAAUUUAUACUUGAAAUCAUUACUUUACUUUCAUAAAUGCCAAAGAUAUCAGACAUCAAUAAAUAUUCAUAAGUCA